AUGGCUUCAGAAAUCACUUAUGCAGAAGUGAGGAUCACAAAUGAAUCCAACGCUUCGGGCACCCACUCAAGAUGUCCUGCAGCUCCCAGAGAGAAACGUAUCCACCAUCUAAGUAAGCCUGGUUCCCCCUCGCUGCCUUUUACAUCCCUGCUGGUACUUUUCCUGCUGCUGGCAAUCACAUUCUUAGUUGCUUUUAUCAUUUAUUUUCAGAAGUACUUUCAACUUCUUGAAGUAAAAAAAGGUAUAAAAGACAUAACUCACAAGGAAUUGAACUGUAUAAAAAAUGUUUCGCUCAUGGAAGACAAAGUCUGGAGCUGUUGCCCAAAGGAUUGGAAGCCGUUUGGUUCCCACUGCUACUUCACUUCGACUGACUUGAUGGCAUCUUGGAAUGAGAGUAAGGAGAGCUGUUCCCACAUGGGUGCUCAUCUGGUGGUGAUCCACAGCCAGGAAGAGCAGGAUUUCAUCACUGGGAUCCUGAAUGCUGAUGUUGGCUAUUUUAUAGGACUUUUGGAUGCUGGUGAUAGACAGUGGCAAUGGAUUGAUCAGACACCAUACAGUGAGAGUGCCGUAUUCUGGCACCAAGGUGAGCCCAACAAUGUCUACGAGAAAUGUGUUAUAAUAAAUCAUCGUAAGAACACUAAAUGGGGCUGGAAUGAUAUUCCUUGCAGUGAUAAACACAAGUCAGUUUGUCAGAUGAAGAAAAUGUACUUAUGA